CACAGAUUUUGUUAGAACUGUUUGUGCAGACCUCGCAGGUCACCGGCUAGUCAACGCUCACGGGCCCUGCAACCCUCCAUCUAGUGCAGGGAAUGAGCUCUUGCGCCGCGCCACCCACAGAUGCGUCCCGAAGCCGGCGCCGCAGAGAUGGGCUCCGUGACCUUCACAGACGUGGCCGUGAAUUUCACCAAGGAGGAGUGGGCCCUGCUGGACCCUGCGCAGAGAAAUCUCUACAGAGACGUGAUGCUGGAGAACUGCAGGAAUGUGGCCUCCCAGGAUUCAGUGAAUCAACACAAAACCAGAAACCCAAUCCUUCAGCAGGACGUUCUCGCCGAGAAGAUGCUUCCAGGAGCGAGCAGAGUGUGUGCCAUGAACAAAAGUACCUGGCCCUCCCCGUGGGGAGGAGACUGGACAUGCCACGAAACAGAGGAGCCUCCCAGGCGAAGGGAGCCGAGAUUGCAGCUGGCCACGGGGGGCCAAGAGAGGGGCGAGUCUCCGGUCAGAGUCUGUGAACUUCAUGAAACGAAGGAUAGUUGGAAACCAAGCACAAAGCUCGUGCCUUCGCAAAGAGAUUCCGCAGGAAACUAUAUCCCAAACUGGGGCUCCGAUGUUCUGAAACCAAGUCCUGUCCUAAUCAGUCAUCCGAAGAUCUACAGAAACAACGAAUAUGAUACAGCCUUAUGGCAAAGCACUGGAUUGACCCCGUUCGUGAGAGGUCAGACGCAGCCAGAGCCAAACACAUGGGCUCACAUUCACAACAAUAUGCUGCAUACGUAUAAUAUCUGCAUGGGGGUGGCCUUUCAUGAACGGGCUCCAUCUGGGAAAGCCUUUGGUGAAGACAUUUCCCCUAGCAUACACAAGACUCACAUUGCAGAGAAAACCUAUGAGUCUAAUCCGUUUGAAAUCGCCUUCCAAAACGGCUCAAUCUGCCAGAAAAAGAGGCAAUACUACACGGCAGAGGCAAAUCACGAGAGUAAGCAAGGUGAGAAGCGCCUUGCUCACACUGCAAAUUCUGACUCACACAGGAAGACUAAGCCUGGAGGGGGGAAAUACAAAUGUCAAGAAUGUAGGAAAUCUUACCUGUAUCAGUCUUCCCUCGUGAAGCACAUGGAAAUUCACACCGGAGAGAAACCCUACAAAUGCCAGACAUGUGGGAAAGCCUUUAAAUAUUCCUUACACCUCAACAAGCAUUUACAAAAGCACAUUAUCAAGAAGCCCUAUAAAUGUGGGCAAUGUGGGGAAACCUUCAAUGAGUUCUCAAAACUUACUGAACAUAGAAGGGUGCAUAUCGUAGAAAAACCCUAUAAAUGUGAGGAGUGUGGGAAAGGCUUCAUUACUUCUGACAGAUUUAAAAACCAUCUAAAAACUCACAGUUGACGGGUGCCUGGCUAGCCCGUUCAGAAGAGCGUGAUCUCAAGGUCAUGAGUUCCAGCUCCACAUUGGCUGUAGAGAUUGCUUAAGUAAAUAAAUGAAUCUUAAGAAAAUCAAAGUCACAGUUGAAAGAUGUCCUGUGAAUAAAAGGAAUGUGGGAAAAGCUUCAUUAAUUUUCUCAAACUACCGAGCGCAUGAGGAUGUUUUGGAAGGGAGCUCAAGUCUUCCCCGAAGGACAGAAGUGGGAGAAUCCACACAUUUACAUAUUCACACCCUGUGUAGGUAAGAUCUCUGGAAAGUUUCUAAUCUUGUUUCACCUUUGGUAGACGUUUGUUCUCACAUUGGAGAGAAACCCUAUGAAUCUAAGGAAUAUGGAAACGCCUUCCAUGCUGUCUCAAUGUAAUCCUUACAAGAAUUCACACUUCGGAGACUCAUCAUGGGGGUAAGGAACGUGAGAAACAGGUCUUUAAGCAUUCAUGCCUUAAGUUCCCCCCCAAGAGCCUACAUCCUGGAGAGAUACUAGGAUUACCAUUGCUUCCAGCUCCUCACCUGCAAGGCACAAAUAAAUAAACAAUAGUAGGAGAGAAACACAGUAAAUAUUAGCAUUGCUGCCAUUGACAUUGCCUCAUCCUUCAACUAGGACCAGAAUUCAUUCCUUUCCAGUUUUGGUUCUCUAAUAAAAUCUUACAAGAUGACGAAAUA